UAUGAUUUGGAAGUUAGCAAAACAUCUCUCUCUCUCUCUCUCUCUCUCUCUCUAAAAAUGUGAUUCUUCCACAAAACCAAAAUCAACACCACAAUUCAUUACUCUGCAUUUACCUUCUUCAAUUUCUCCACAUCCCACUCUUAAAACUGUCAAUUACUUUCCUCACCUAAUACAAAGUACCCUUCACUUCAUGUUUCCACUAAAAACUGGGCAUUUCAGUGAUCAUGAUUCUGAAAUACCUUUCAUUUGCAGGUUAUAGAAAAUUAUACAAGUCUCUGAAAAUCAAACUUUAGAGAGGACUUAAAUCUCCCCUCAUAAGCAAAUGGGUUUUGAUUCACCAUUGAUUUUACUCUGUACUAAUUAGUUUUCAAGCUUCAAACCAUGAAAUUCACUGUGAUGAUACCACAGACCCUUUUUAUAUUGAUCAUUCUUGGUGGCUCUGUGUACUGUGAAAGGCCUUCUGUUGUAAAUGUUGGAGCAAUUUUCAGUUUCGAUUCGGUCAUCGGCAGAGUUGCCAAGGCCGCCAUGGAAGCCGCGGCCUCCGAUAUCAAUGCCGAUCCGAGAAUUCUCAGUGGGACUGAAUUGAAGUUAAUUAUGGAGGAUACAAAUUGCAGUGUAUUCAUGGGGUCCAUUGAAGCGUUUCAGGUAAUUGAGAAGGAAGUAGUGGCAAUAAUUGGUCCACAGUCUUCUUCAAUAGCUCAUAUGAUUUCUCUGAUUGCUAAUGGUCUCCAAGUCCCACUUGUCUCUUAUGCUGCCUCUGAUCCGACUCUGUCUGCCCUUCAAUUCCCCUACUUUUUCCGAACUACACAAAGUGAUUCUUACCAAAUGGCAGCCAUGGCUGAUUUGAUUGACUUUUAUGGAUGGAAAGAGGUUAUUGCCAUCUUUGUGGAUGAUGAGUAUGGAAGAAAUGGAAUAUCUGCUUUGAAUGAUGAGCUUGCAAAGAAAAUGUCAAAAGUUUCUUUUAAAUUGACUUUGCCUACCCAAUAUGAUCUCAGCGAUUUAACUUAUCUGCUCAACAAGUCCAAAUUGCUUGGACCUCGUGUUUAUGUUGUUCAUAUUAAUCCAGACCCGGGAUUGAGAAUCUUUACUGUUGCUCAAAAACUUCAUAUGAUGACUGGUAACUAUGUGUGGCUUGCAACGGAUUGGCUUUCUGCUACAUUAGAUACAUUCUCCACAGAAAAUCAAUCUUCUUUAAAAAUCCUUGAAGGGGUAGUUGGGCUUCGUCAGCAUAUCCCACAAACCGUCCAAAAAAAGGCCUUUCUAUCUCGAUGGAGAAAAAUGCAGAAGAAUGGGUUAAUACAUUCUGAAUUGAAUGUUUAUGGAUUUUAUGCAUAUGAUACAGUGUGGGCAGUUGCACAUGCAAUUGAUAAAUUUUUAAACGAGCACAACAAUAUGACAUUUUCUUUCACUGACAAGCUACACAAUGAAAAAGGAACUGAAACACAACUUGGGAAGCUCAAAGUUUUUGAUGGUGGUAAAGUUCUAUUAAAAAAAUUGAAGGACACAAAUUUCACUGGUUUGACAGGGCAAAUUCAAUUUACCACAGAUCGGAACCUUGUGAACAGUGAUUAUGAUGUCAUUAACAUUGCACAGAUGGCAAUUCAUGGGGUAGGUUAUUGGUCUAGUUUUUCAGGUCUCUCUACUCUACCACCAGAAACUCUCAAAGAGGAACAAAUUAACCAUUCCCAUCCAGAUCAGAAUCUUGACAAUGUUACCUGGCCUGGCGGGACAACAGAAAAGCCACGUGGGUGGGUGGUUGCCAGCAACGAAAGACCAUUGAGAAUUGGAGUACCAAAUAGAGCCAGUUUUGUUGAAUUUGUGACAGAAUCACACAGCAGCCACAAAAUACAAGGUUACUGCAUAGAUGUGUUUAACGAAGCCCGAAAGCUAGUCCCGUAUGACAUUCCUUUCAAAUUUGAGCCAUUUGGGCAUGGUCAGUCCAAUCCCAAUUAUAAUGAACUUGUGAAGAAGGUUGCAGACGAUGUCUUUGAUGCAGUUGUUGGGGACAUUGCAAUUGUGACAAACCGGACGAAGAUUGUUGAUUUUACUCAGCCUUAUGCUAUCACAGGUCUCGUCAUAGUGGCUCCCAUCAGUGACUCAAAAUCAACUGCUUGGGUGUUUCUCAAACCAUUUACAGUAGAGAUGUGGUGCGUCACUGCAGCUUCCUUUGUGAUGAUUGCAGUGGUUAUCUGGAUCCUUGAACAUCGUGUCAACGAUGAUUUCCGGGGUUCUCCUAGGAGACAGAUCAUAACAAUGUUUCUGUUCAGCUUCUCAACUCUGUUCAAGAAAAAUCAAGAAGAUACAGUAAGCACACUUGGAAGGUUGGUAAUGGUGGUUUGGCUUUUCCUUUUGAUGGUGAUCACAUCGAGUUACACAGCAAGCUUGACUUCAAUCCUUACAGUCCAGCAGCUCUCAUCAUCAUCCAUCACAGGAAUCGACAGCUUGAUUGCAGGUGAUUGGCCUAUUGGUUAUCAAGUGGGGUCAUUUGCUUAUAGCUAUAUGACGGAAAUUCUUUACAUACCUCAAUCAAGACUCAUUUCUCUGGGCUCCCCAGAAGAAUAUGAUAAAGCAUUGCGGCUAGGACCAAGCAAUGGAGGUGUGGCAGCUAUUGUAGAUGAACUUCCAUAUGUCGAAUUGUUUCUGUCACAGCAGACUGAUUUUGGAAUUGUUGGGCAAUCAUUCACAAGGAGUGGAUGGGGAUUUGCUUUUCAGAGAGACUCUCCACUUGCCUAUGACAUGUCCACGGCGAUCCUCAAGCUUGCUGAGACCGGAAGACUUGAGGAGAUACAUGACAACUGGUUCUGUAAAGCAGGUUGUGCAGCAGACAGAAGAAAAACCCCAGAGCCUAAUGAGCUCCAAAUGAGCAGUUUCUGGGCUCUCUAUCUUCUGUGUGGCGUUUUUACUCUCACCGCUUUGCUAGUCUUUUUUCUACGAACUAUUCGCCAAUAUAUCCGAUACAAACGGAAGCUGAUGGAACCUUCUUCUCCCUCAUCCUCUGCAUCAACGAGUACUCCGUGUUCUAAGGUCAUUUAUAACUUCUUUGACUUCAUUGAUGAGAAAGAAGAAGCUAUCAAAAAAAGUGUUACUCAGCAUGGUAAUGCUCAACCUCCUCAGGUGUGCUGAUCAAUGAUGUACAUUUUAUUCAAUAGGGCUUAAAGGGAUUGUCUUGUAUUUUUAUAUCAAUUUUAGGAUUUGGUGCACCUGAAUUCUAGUUCUAUAGAUGAUGAAAGUUACUGAAAAUACAAAAUGUUACUAUGAAUCAUGUAUGCAUCUUGUUGUCAAACAUAUAAUUUUAUUAAUCUAAUAACAUUCUCUGAUUUCAUUGUGUUCUUGUUCA